AUGGAAAGAGGGUUGGAAACCAGAGAAACUAUGAGCACGAAAGAGGAAGUAGAAGAAGAUAAGGAAGAAGAACAGGAGAAGAUUUGCAGGAUUUGCCAUACCCCUGGUGAUUCUGAAAACCCACUUCCGUAUCCUUGUGCUUGUUCUGGGAGUAUGAAAUUUGUUCACCCAAAAUGUCUCCUUCACUGGAUGAAGCAACGCAACACUUUUGAAUACGAGGUGUGUAAACAUAAAUUGCAUGUAUAUCGUGUUUAUGCUGAGAAUACUCCAACAAGACUACCUCUCAGAGAAUUUGUGGGUGGGAUUUCAGUGAAAGCAUGCCUUGUUCUGCGUUUCUGUGUGCGAUUUUGUUUUUCAGUUUUUCACCAACACCUUAUGGUACCCUUACUUGCAUUUUGGAUGUGGCGUUUGAGUUUAGUGAGUAGCCUUACUGAAGCAAAAGAAUUAUUUGUUCAUAGUCACGUGUCUCCUUCAACAGCUAUAAUGGACUGGUUGUAUGGCAUUGUAAUCUGCCAUGUCAUAUAUAUGAUGUGGUUGUGUGGCAUUGCUUUAAUAACAGAAGAUGAAGAGCAUGGGAAGGUUGAGGUUGAAGAUCAUGUUGCAAUAGCUCCGGCACCAGGUAACGAAAAUGAUCAUAUUGCUGAUAAAAUUGGUGAAAAUGCUGGGGAACCUCAAGCUAUUGCUGGUGUCAGAAAUGACAAUAAUUUCGCACCGGGGUUACGAUUGUUGUUUCUGAUUAGCAAUCUUGUGCUGAUACGGAUGCCGUUCUGGUUAGGGCGAAUUAUUCUGCAUUGUCUUUCAUGGCUUUUCUUUGUUGCUUCGUCGAUUUUCAUGCCAUUUAUAGAAUCAGCACUCUAUAUAAAAAAUAACUCACUGAAGAAUGCAUCACAUUCCGUAACAAAUUUAUCUGUUGAAAUUCAGAAUAAUGGCCUGCUUUCAUGUGCUGUAGAAGUGGUUGCUGAAACCUUGACUGCAAACAGUACUGGAGCAGGAGAAGCUAUAAGCAGUGUUGGCAAGCCACUUUUAGUGUACCAAAGCUCAGGCCUUUAUUAUGUUACUACUCUUGCUAUUGGAUAUGUGGUCGUUGUGCCUUUGGUCUUUGUUUGCCUUGGUAUCCCUAUUAGAACUGUUGCGUCAAAGAUACGUUACUAUCUGAGGAAAUUCCCGACUACAAUGAUACAUUCAUUCGUUUUGAUAAUUCAUCUUGGGGUUAUUCCUUUGCUGUAUGGCUGGUGGUUAGAUGUUUGUACCAUUACAAUGCUUGGGAAGUCAGUUUCUGAUAGGGUAGAAUUCUUUUCGAAAUUCCCUUUAUUAAGCUCUUCAUUGCAUUGGGUGAUAGGAAUCAUAUACAUGUGCCAGAUAAACAUUUCUAUAGCCAAGUUCGAAGGGUUUUGCGUAGAGAAGUUCUCUACUUUCUUCAUGAUUUAG